CGGGGUGCCUUCUUCUCUGCCGUGACUUUUGAAGUUUGCCUCGUGCGAGAAUCUGUCCGUAAGCGGAGCAGACAAAGGGUUUCUCUUCCUUGUACGCGCGCGCGUGCGAUCGCUGGCAGCAAACGGAGCAGGCAAAGCGUUUUUCCUCUCACUUGUUGUUUCUUCCUCUCACGGGUUGUUUCCAGUUGCACUUGUAAGUAAAGCUUUUCCCACAGUGAGAACAGGCUGCGCUUAUGAGCCAAAGCUAAGAUAGGCUCCGAUCUUCACGAAGAUUGAAUAAAAGUCCCGUGGCGUCCAUUGUGGAGGCUUGAGGAUGUCAACUCCGCCUAGUUUGUGGAUGAGGGAGGGGGAAACCGUACUGGAUACAAUACCGCUUUCAGAAUAAAGUAGAGGCGUACGUCAUAAAGUCAUACUAUCGCCAACUAUUUGACUUUGUUCAAGCGACCAUCUACUGUAUAAUAUCCCCCGUUUGAUUUGGAUUCAAAUGCUAACCUAGCGAUCUUUUAAUUUGAAACGAAUAAAACGAGGCGUUCGUCGUCGUCGUCCUUGAUCAGACGGUAGCCAGGCAACGUCAAUAACAACUUCCAAACGUUUUCAAUCUUUUAACGAGCCUGGCGUUGUUGAGCUACCCGAUCUCCCGGAGGAUAUACAGUUGUCAACUGUUCAUCCAACCUUGACGAUGACACCUCUGAUCGUCUGAGUAGCAAGCAGGUGAUUUUCAAGGCGCUCGACCAGACCGCUUCGGAUGCCUCACAGAUAAAUAGAGUACAGUAAUCUUAUGUAGUUUGGAAAUUGGGGGGUCUUAAUUAGCCUAUCGUUUUUUUCCAUUUGCGUGUCUGUGAAUAUUCUCUCCCAUUCAUCCACGUGCAUUGAAAGAUUGAAGGCGUUAAAAGAACGAAAAGAAAAUUUGUUGCCUGUUCGAAAUCACGAAUAUCACUCGUAUUUGACGAUGAUUUGACUUUUUGCAAAAAGCAUGGUUUGACAAUGACCAAAACGAGACAUGGGUUUCGACUUUUGGGAGAAAACACGAGCUACUUAUUAUGUCGCUUUCUAAUGAUAUGUUACAUUUAUUUGAACAAUCUUCACCAGUGGUUGUCAAUUUUUUUUUAAAGGCAACUCCGAGUAAAAUGACAUGUUGCUUAUGUUUGUUUGUUUUUUAUGCGAGUAAUUCACCCAUAUAAUAUACAACCUCUGAAAGUAAUUUCCAGCUUCAUUUAAUAUAAAAAAAAAACAACUCAUUUUGACAUAAGUCGUCAUUGUUUCCGUUACACAUCCUUUCAGGCCACGAGGACAAUUAUUGACUGGUCAUGUUACAACUGCAGAGUAUUCUUUGGGCCAGUUUUGACUCAUUCCAAAAAUCAAUCUUUACUAGGAAGAAAUGAGACGCGAGUGCCGCUCUCUUCUUCUGAGCGAAGUGCUUUCUGUAAAUUUUUGGUACACGCUUUGGAGUAUUCUUAAACUGAUAGCCCGGCCAGCUUCAAUGUGUCAAGUUAGUGGAAGCUACGCUAAGUGGUUGUGUUACUACUUGAAAUUCUAAAUCGACAUUGAAGAGUGAAUUUCUUGACUAUUAGGUGGAGUUUCCCCAAAUGUAGUAUCUAUCAAAAAAAAGUUGACUUGGACUUUCUCCCAAAUCCAGUUGGUUUUGAGCCAAAAAGCUCAAAGUGGACUUCUGUCAGACUGCUGGACCGGCGCUAAACUACGGGCCUUUCGGGGCAUCUGCGUCGGCAUCGUCUUCCACCACCCCCCUACUUUGUAUUGAGCGAAACUCUAGUCGACAGCCAACCUAAUCACAUUGUGACAACAACGGCGACUUAUGCUGGGAGAGCGACAAUGUCCAAACGUCACCUGAGCGAUACUGAGAAACUCAGACGAAGCAGAGAAUCUCAAGUAUACUCUGCCACCAGAGAAACCCUUUUCACACAGGAACUGCCCAGCAGUACAAUGCACGCAUUGUCACUGGAUUGGGUCUCCGGAGUGAAUUCCUCUCUUCCCGUUUACGUUCUGCAAGACCACAGCCAGCUGGUCUUCCUCUACGCCGGAGCGAAUGUCGGCGUCCUUUACAACCACACCACCAACUCGCAGCAUAUACUGCAAGGUCACAUCUGCCCCAUUUCCUGCAUGUGUGUCAGCGAAGAUCGACGCUGGAUCGCUACGGCCGACCAAAAUGAGAAGAGCACCGUCAUCCUGUGGGAUUCCUACUCCGGUAUUCCCGUGCACACUUUGUUCGACUGCCAUUCCGAGGGCGGAGUCAUCGCCAUGGGCUUUUCGCCGGACGCCAAGCAGCUGGUGACGCUUGGGAGGGAAAGCCAGCAAUGCGUUUGUGUUUGGGACUGGACCAACGAAACCGGCGAAGCGCUUUGGCUGGCCGAGCUCAGCCCCGAGUACGGUUAUCAGAAUCACAUCAUUUACAACCCGAACAACAGCACUCAGUUGCUCAGCAGCAGUGACAUGCAAGUGCUGUUUUACAGCACAGCAGAGAGAAGUUUGCAAUACGUUCCUCUGAAGGUUAUCAAGCUGGGCGACGCGGCCACCCUGGAACUGAACGCGUCUCUCUUCCCUCACUCCACGCCCGAGUUCUGCGAAAUGCAGAAAAUGGCCGGCGGGCCUUUGAGUCCGUCCGUCUUCCACUGGCGAGAGUUCCGGAUCAUUACCCCAUCCAGGGCCGGCGUCGUCAUGAUUUGGGAGCUCUCGCAGGACCUGGACUCCAACCAAAGGUUGAGCCGGGAUCGAGUAAAAAUCAUCUCUCUGCAGGAGCAUCCCAUCACUGUGCUGGCCGCGAUAGAUAAUUGCAUCGUCACAGGAGACACGCGAGGGCACAUCAACUUUUACGACGAAAAUAUGCUUCUCCUGACCUGGUUCACACAAAUGAAUCUGGACCCUAUCGUCUCCAUAUCGUUUUCCAAAGAAUUUGAGAGAGAAUAUUUGGAAGACGGCACGCCGGAUGACAAACCGGUACUGGGCAGAAACUUUGUGGUGUCUUCAUCCACGUCUACGGUGGUUCACGUCAAUGUGGAAAGAGGCACGUGGCGGGUCCUGCUGCAGGAAAACUGCCACCCUCUCCACGCCGUAGCCUGCCAUCCCAAGCAGCCGGCCUUUGUCAUGGGCAACCACAGGGGCGCCUUAAAGGUCUGGGACUACCAGCAGAAGCGGACCGUCCGCAAAACGGUGGUGGAGAAAGAGAAAGAGAUCCAGUGUGUCGCCAUUGACCCGCAAGGACGCUACCUGGCGGUGGGUUUUGCAAGCGGAGCUGUUCACUUUCUGGAUGUCAACACUUUACAAAGUGACCCCAAGGAACGCUUCGAUUACCCCCCGGACAGCAUCAGCCACAUGAGCUUUUCGCAUGACUCCAACUACCUUGCCACAGCAGACGUGGGGAAGGCGGUGACGCUGUUCCGGAUGCAGCCGACUCAGUGGAUAUAUUUGGCCAGGUACCGCUCCCAUUACAAGCCUAUCACGGACCUCUCGUUCGGGGUUGACCGGGACGGCGGCAAGCCCCGCCUCUUAACGCUCGGCAUGGACCGCCUCCUCGUGGAGUACGACGUGGAGGCCAGCGACACGGGGGAGUUGGUCAUCUUGCGUUCCGUGCGCCUGGAGCAGAGCGCGGUGCCCAAGUGCAUGACCUGGUACCCGCCUCUCGGUGCCGAGGAGUUUCUGGUGGUUGCCUCGGACCAAUACAAGAUGAAGCUUUUCAAUAGCACCGCCAAGACGUGCAGAAAGACCCUUCUCGGGCCAACGUACGGAAGCCCCGUUAAGAAAAUGGGGAUCCUACCGUCGUCGCAGUACACGGAGAACGGCUCGUAUUACAUGGCGUACGUCACGGAGGACAAGGUCGGCCUGCAGAUCCUGCCGCUGGACGGCAAUCCUUACAAGUCCCAAGCGGUGGUCUGCCAUCCGACCGGCGUAUCGGCCUUCGCCUACUCCCACGACGGACUGUUUGUUUUCACCGCGGGCGGAUCUGACUGCACCGUCCUUUCGUGGAAGAUAAGCUACGGUGCCCUGGAGGGAGCAGCGGCUUUGGGAGGAAAGGAGCUGACGCCAUACUACACGCUUUUAGAGGGAGGCAGGAAUGGAAAAUUCUACAGAGAAAUCGAGGACUUUUUCUAUUACUGCCAAAUCCACGAUCAAGGUCUGGAUUCCAUGGAGACGCGGCAGCUGUCCACCAAAAUCCCCCUGACGGAAUUGCCUUCGCUCAUGCGUGCUUUGGCCUACUUCCCUACUGAGCAAGAGGUUGAAGACAUGCUGAACGAGGUGAAGUUGGGCCAGUACGCAGAAACGGGAGAGUACGUGACGGACAUCAACCUAGAGGAAUUGAUCAAACUCUACAUCAACCACCGCCCGGCUUUCGGCAUCUCGGCGGACGAGCUGGCCGCGGCAUUUGAGGUUCUUUGCCGGGCCGACGCGUCCAAGGGCGAGCCCCGCCUUCGCAGAGACCAGAUGCUGGAGCUCCUGCAGGUCCAAGGGGAAGCCAUGACUGAGGAUGAGCUGGCAGAGUGUUUGACGGCACUGUUAGGCCUCUUUGAAGUGAAGGAAGAGGAAAGUCCUGAGGUGGACUUCAUUAAAUCGGACAAUGUCAGUCAAGAAUAUUCUUUGGAGAGUCUGAUACCGGAGGAAAUAUCCAUGGAGAUAUUUACGAGUCAAAUUCUCGGCCUCCCGCCGUCAUUGUCCUCGUCGUCGUCGUCGUCAACAACGUUGUCGUCACCUUGAUGGAGACACCACGGAGGACAUAACUUGAUGACGUCUGCCACAUGACUACACACAAAAAUGUAUGUUCACGUACAUAUUUCUUAUAGGUGUGUAACUAGGGUGACCACUUCCAUAAGGUGCAGGUGGAGGACUUCAAAAACCCCCCAUCAAAUUUGCAGUGUAUUUUCAUCAACGAUAAAGUUUUGUACAGUUUAUAUAUCAUAUUUAUGUGACUAAAUGUUAAAAAAAAAUCAACUUUUUCUAAACAAUUUAUUUAGUUCACGGUACCAAAAUUCUAAAGGACAGAGGAACUUCAGCACGACGUAGAUGAGGCUGCGAGACUUUCUGUGCCGUGCGUGGUUGUGUCAACUCCCGGAAGCGCCUACAUAUAGUGGAAUGUUUUUGAUCAGCGACCAGCUACAAAGCGUCAGUUUGGAUGUACCUCGUCGUACGCCUUAAAUGGAAACCGGCAGCAGACAAUAAGUUAAGGAUGUGCCUCCCUCGCCGCUUUAAACUUGAAGGAUCCAACUAAAAGAUCGUACGUUUGCUCUUAUCAUUUCGUUGAUUGUUCGUAGACAAAAUUCUAACAAUCCGUGUUAACCUGAGGUGUAGAUUUCUACCCCGGCUACCAAAAUUACAACUAAUAUGACUGUCGGAGGCGUUCUUAUGUUGAGUGACGUAAUGUGGCAAUGCCGCUACUUUGGGCAAUGACGUCAUCACUAAGCGUCUAUAUAUUAAUGACUUAUUCUGCACGUUGGCGGGUAUAGUUUUCAAUCGCAAACAACUGCACGUUUAUGUUACAGAUUACCACAGAGUAACGCGUAUAUUGUUUUGUUUGAACGUUUGAAGAUGCCAAGAUGGCAUUUUUUGUUUUGUUAUUUGACCUCACGACAUGACUUUGGAAUGAAUGCCGCGUUGAAAAAUUCCUAAACCAGCGUAUAAUUGAAACUUGUCAGAACAAUGACAGUCACUGAAUGCAGACGGAUUUCGUUGUUACAAGGAAAUACUGCAGGGGUUUUUUCCCCACCUGGUUACACUAAGGUAUCAUGAACUCAUCAUCCAUGUGCAUCCCAUAUGAACACAUGUAGUAUGUCAUUCUUUUUUUUAUUGCAGAUAUUGAUGACAAUAAAACGUU